AUGGAUGACCCGAUGAGCAACCUCUCUCCGGAGGCGAGUCACAUUUUCAGUGCCAACAUGGGGACCGUCCAGAUAUUGUCUAUGUUCGCAAUUUCAGCGUGGAAUGCAAUUGAAGUUAUAAUUGCCAUAUUUGAUAAGUUCCAAAAGUAUAGUGGGGUAUACUUCUGGAGCAUGCAAAUUGCCGCCUGGGGAAUCUUGUUACAUGGCAUUCCAGGGCAACUUCGCUAUACCAACCUAGCCUCUACCCCUUCAGUGUCGAUCCCGUUUGUCGUGGGCUGGAUGUGCAUGGUAACUGGACAGGCGGCAGUGCUAUGGUCAAGAUUGCACCUCGUUGUUGCCGACACCCGCCAUGUACGAUGGGUCCUAUGGUGCAUCAUAGCCAAUGCUUUCGUCCUCCACAUUCCCAUGACAGCACUAUUCUUUCUCAAAAAUGUUAAUAUACCGCUCGGCCGCACAGCAUACAUCUACGACCGUUUUCAAACAACUGGAUUCGCCACCCAAGACACAUUAAUGUGUGCUAUCUACGUCCGCGAAGCUCUCCGAGCGCUCAAGCCCGUCUUUGAAUCCAAAGGUCCCCAAGGGCAAAGAAUUAUCUACCGAAUCCUCUUCGUCAAUCUCAUCGGCAUCGUCCUCAACAUAUUAGUCAUUAUCGUCGAGUUCCAAUUCCAUUACUUUGUCGCCUGCGGAAGGAUAGUCGCCUACAGCAUCAAACUGAAACUUGAAUUCCACGCCCUAACUCAACUCCGCGAUCUGACACGCACUUAUUCGUGCACGUUGUGCCAAGGGGCUCGUGGAAACGUGAGUGGUUCAGCCGACAUCAACAUCUUCGAUAUGCUCGCAAAUAGUUCCCCGUCGCAGGAUACCGAGGCGCAAACUAUCUCUGGUGUUACAAAUACUGUGUCCUCGACGCCGCACUCCGCGCGCAGUGGCACGUACGAUUUCCAUGAGGCAAUGCGCCAAACAAUGUUGACUGUGAGCUCUGAUGGGUCACAGGAAAGUACUCGGGCUCGGAUGCACUCGUCUGAUACGCACUCUACGGUUGAAAUGACAUUACUCGAGUGCCCGAAGUAA